UGAACUGACUAAACGUUUCACCCAGUUUCGAGAUUAGGGUUUUCUCGUUGGCAACGUUUGUGUCAUAUAAACUUUGAGUUUCUGUCAUUACGUUUCUCUCUCAAAGUAAAGACAUAAAUUGAGUUUUGAUUGAACUACAAGUCUCAAGUUGCAAAGAUGUCGGUCACAGCAGGAGUUAGUGGUGCUGCACUUGCGACUAGGGCAAAACUACAAGGUGGGAUUAGUCAGACUAGAGUAGGAAGAUAUUGGCCUGGACAAGCUCCCAAGUGGGCCAAGGAAUCUGAAGAAGAUCAUGAUGAUGAUGAUGAUCAUGUUGGGAAGCACAAGGAGAAAAAGGUUGAUGAGUUGGAGAGGAACAAGAAUGAUGAUCCAAGGCUGCGCCGUUUAGGUCAGACCACCAGAACUGAAAGCCGUGAACAAGUUAGAGCUGAGGUUGUGUCUACAGAAGAAGAAGAGAUUAUAGAGGAGGAAGAAGAUGUAGAAGCCCUGGAAGAAAGAAGAAGCAGAAUCAGAGAAAAGAAUCUUAAAAGAACUAGAGAGGAGGCUGAUCUACUACUUCCACUAGAAGAUGAAGAAGAAGAGGUACAAGAUGAGGAAGAGGAAGAAGAGUCAGAGUACGAGACUGAUUCAGAAGAGAUGGUGUUCGGUAUCAAGAUGAAGAAGCCUCUCUUUGUACCGAAAGCUGAGAGAGAUACAGUAGAAGAACGUGAGAAGAUUGAGGCUGAAGAAGAGUCUCUUGAGAGACUAGCAAAGAUUAAGAUGAGGAAGAUGGAGACAAAGGCAAUAGUGGUCGAGGAAGUUAGAAAAGACGAAGAGAGACGCAAGAACGUGUUACAGGAAGAAGCAAAUCUUGGAGAUGUUGAUACCGAUGAUGAGACCAACGAAGCUGAAGAGUACGAAGCUUGGAAGACAAGGGAACUCGGUAGGAUCAAGAGAGACAAAGAUGCAAGGGUGGCUAUGACUAAAGAGAAGGAAGAAGUAGACAAGCUGAGGAACAUGACGGAGCAGGAGAGGAAAGAAUGGGAGAGUAACGAUCCCAAGCCGCCUUCAUCAUUAUCAGAGAAACCGAAAAAGAAGUGGAAGUUUAUGCAAAGAUACUUCCACAAGGGUGCCUACUUCCAAGAGCAAGGAUCUGAUGAAACAGAUGGUAUAUAUAAGCGAGACUACUCUGCUCCAACGGGAGUAGAUAGGCUGGACAAGUCGGUUCUGCGGGAAGUCAUGCAGGUGAAGCGCUUUGGUCGGAGUGGGGGAACUAAGUGGACGCACCUUGUCAAAGAGGAUACAACAUAUGGUGGCAAAAGCAAAAAGGACGAGGAGGAUAAAACUAAAGAUUGGAGUGACCCUUGGGUUUCUAAUGUUUUUCUACGUAGAAAGUACAAUAAGAGAAUGGCGGCCAUGGAUGCUCCUAUUGCAAGACCAAGCGGUAGCAAGAAGAUGAAAGCUUGGUGAGACCUAAACCACACCAGCAUCUGAUCGAGUUUCAGCCAAAAGUGACUCAAAGUUGUUAACAAAUUUAAAAGAGGAAAAUACUUCUUGAGCUUUGCAAGCUCCUGCCUCACACACAAUUACAACGCCAUGAAAAUUGAAUAUAGUGUAAGACAGACAAGGGACCGUUCCUUACAACAAAACAGAGAAGAACACUGACCUUGAUUUUGGACAACAUGAUCUUGAACCUAUCAAAGUCAUUGAGACAUAGGUAAUGCAUGUAAAACAAACAAAACAAGUCACCGGCUUUGUCCAUUGCCUCAAUGAGAUUCUUCUUCUUAGGCACUCUGUUGUUAUCAGUGACGAUAUUGGUAAGAGAAAGCCUCUUCAAAUCCAUCUGGAUUCUCUCCAUGUCAGGGGCAUCCACAAACGCCUAUACAAGUAGUAUACGGACAUAACAAUUUAAUAGACAACCAAACACUAACGACAUACAUGAAAGAUAAACACAAGUGAAAACAAACACUUAGAAUCCUCGGACACAUGUAGGUGGCAAGUGAAACUUAAUAGUGAAUAGGUGAUUAACUGUAAGACUAUCUCCAUCUGUAGGUUGUUGACAGU